AUGGCCGACACCUCAGCUUACCAGAGAGGUACCGGCCAGACCUUCUUUUCCCAGCACGCGCAGAACCUCCACCGCAACCUCCCCUCUCGUGUCCGAUCGCCGAAUAACCCACGAAUCCCUUUCAGAAACCCAGAAACACCGUCUCCAACAAGAUCUCCAGGGUCGAACUCUCCCCAUCAAUACGGCAUGUUCAAUCAGAACCACGGGCACCAGGGCCACAAUGUCAUGAUGAACGGAGGUGGCCAUCAGAGGUACAUGCAAAUGAACCUGGGAAAACCUUUUAAUCAUAACCAAAGCCAUCAACACCAUAAUCAUGCGCAUCAGCAACACCAAGAGCAUUCGGGCGCGAACCACAGUGGUCAAUACAACCACCAACACAAUCUCUCGAGUGGUGGUCUGUCAAAUGCGCAACCUCACUUCACACCCGGACACCUCCAGAACGGCACUCCUGGUAGUGUCCACAGUGGCCUGAGUAAACCUGUGAACGAGCAUUGGGCAGAACAAUUGCAAUUAGCGCAACGCUCCCGAGAAAUGACCCAAUCGCAUUCUCAUGCACGAAACCACCCCAGCGUGAAUAAGAGUGUAGUGGCCGGUACAACCAAUGGGACGCAGAAGGAAGAGCCUAAAGAGGAGAGGAACAGGCCGGCAGCCAACCGCGUAGAAGAUGCGAAAGCGAAUCACGUCUGGACAAUCCUUGAUUUCGGAGGACAGAACCUGAAGGUUCUGACCAAUUCGCUAUUCAAUUACAAUUUCCUUACGAAACUGUACGUGAACUGUAACAAGCUGACGUUCCUUCCGCCUGCCGUUGGUAAACUACGAAACCUCACUCACCUGGAUGCCUCUCUCAACAACCUUCAUUACCUCCCGCCGGAACUUGGAAUGCUAGUCAAUUUGAAGCAACUUCUCCUGUUCGACAACCAGCUGGACUCUCUCCCGUAUGAACUGGGUUCCUUGUAUCAACUCGAAAUGUUGGGAAUUGAGGGCAACCCGGUUCCUGAUGAGUUGAAGUCAAUCAUUGUAGAGCAGGGAACCACGGAAUUGAUCAAAUACUUCCGAGAGAACGCCCCUGGGCCCGAUCCUCCACCAGAGCGUGACUGGAUCGUUCUCGAUGAAAUUUCGGAUCCUUCUUCCCAGGAAUCCUUGACCGCGCUAAGCUACAACAUCUUGUGUGACAAGUAUUGCACGCAAACUCAGUAUGGAUACACACCAAGUGCAGCGUUGGCUUGGGAUCACCGAAAGGAGACUAUUCUUGCCGAACUGAGGGAGCGCAACGCAGACGUCGUCUGUCUGCAAGAAAUCGACCAAGAGAGUUUCAACGACUACUUCCGAGGAGCACUAGCUCAUAAUGACUACAAGGGAGUCUUCUGGCCAAAAUCACGAGCCCGAACGAUGGCAGAGAAAGAAGCUAAACUUGUGGAUGGAUGUGCUAUUUUCUACAAGAAUAGCAAGUACGUCCUGUUGGACAAGCAGCUCAUUGACUUCGCCAAUACUGCUAUCAACCGGCCCGACAUGAAGGGUGAGCAUGACAUUUUCAACCGAGUCAUGCCUCGAGACGAUAUUGCCGUUGUUGCUUUCCUCGAGAAUCGAGCCACCGGGACUAGGUUCAUUGUCGCAAACGUCCACGUUUUCUGGAAUCCUGCGUUCACCGACGUGAAGCUUGUGCAAGUGGCAAUUCUCAUGGAGCAGAUAUCUAAGUUUGCCAACAAAUGGGCCAAAUUCCCUCCUUGUACCGACAAAGUCAUGUUUCGCUUCACGAACGGGGACGGCGAUGAGGGCAAGGAGGUCCCAGACACCACACAAGAACCGGGACCGUCCCAGGAAUACUCCGAUGGGGCUCAGAUUCCUUUCCUUUUGUGUGGUGACUUCAACUCCCUGCCCAACUCGGGCAUAUAUGACCUCAUCGUGCAAGGCAAUCUACCCAACUCUCACCAGGAUCUCGGAAGCCGCAAGUACGGAAAUUUCACGCGAGAUGGCAUUUCGCAUCCAUUCAGUCUCAAGUCAAGUUACUCUGCGAUCAAUGAGCUCUCCUUCACCAACUACACCCCUGGUUUCAUUGGCGUACUCGACUACAUCUGGUAUUCCACAAACACGCUUCAGGUAGUUGGACUGCUUGGUGACGUGGACAAGGAUUACCUUCAGCGGGUACCUGGCUUCCCCAAUUACCACUUCCCCAGUGACCACUUGGCUCUUUACGCGCAGUACUUGGUCAAAGGUCGCAAAGAGAAGAAGGCCCUCGUGGAACCCGACUUUGGGCAAGGGCGAGAGCGAGAUCGCCGGUAA